CACGAUCCGAAGCAGAACCGUUCAAAGAUUUCUUUGUCGCCCAUCGUGGACAUUUAUCUCAAGUCCACAAGUUGCUGUUUGCAUUCAAGGUGUAUCAAUUACUGCUAUUGUUGCUUGAACGAUGAGCCAGGAAAAGCGUCCCUUCCCCCCUGACGACUCUGCUGAGGAGCUGGAACAACCAGAAAAGGCCGAGGCGAAACGCAGUCGAGUGGAAUCCGUUGUCAAAGCUGCCAAUCCCAACAACAACCAGAUUGGCAUUGAAGCGGCACGCGAGACUCUCUUGAAAUACUUUAGGUUGGCUGAAUCGAAAGAUACCCGUAGAGGUAAGCUCUUUCCAUUGGGCCAUGCGAUGAGUCUACCGGUACUGAGGCAACAUCCAUCGUUGGCGACUAGAUCCUUCUUUGGGAAAACAAUGCUUCCCUUCUUCUUGCGAGCUGGCGCUUCCAAUGCAACCAUCCAGGAGCUGUGUGCCAUGUGGAAAUUAGUCAAUCGUCGGUAUGACAAAGAGUGGACUAGGAUCGAUCAAGAUACAAAAUGGUGGCGUGAUGGUUUUCAGCGGCAGCCAAACUUGGUGACGGAUGCUUGCUUGUUCUGCUCCAAUCCAGACACAAUUGAGUUUGUUGCAAAAGCAUUCCCAGACAUGGCCAAUGAAGACGGAGCAACUCCACUGUUUCUUUUUCUUAAGCGAUGUGACCGCAUUUGCCAGGGACUUGCAGAUCAGUAUGGUUGUGAACCGCCUCCAGAGGACAACCAAGCCAAGGAAAUCUUUCAAAUGAUGUUUGAAUGCAGUCAACCCAAAAGAAUGGAUCGGUGGAGCAGUACUACAGAGAUCAUUCUUGGGCGUUAUGGUGAGGGCUUGUCUGAUCUUCUUGCCAAGACCAUCUCCAACGCCUUUGAUGUUAAAACGUUGAUUUUUCAGCGCUGGGAUAGAAAGGCAGUGCAGCGCGCCAAGUUCUUCCUUCCAAAACUUACUCACUUUGACCUGUCUGGUAUUCACAACUGCAAUGAAGACUUCCGCUCUAUACUGGGCAUGUUUUGUGAGGCGAAGCCAGCCAUGUUGGAAAUACUGACUCUUCCUGUGCUCUUUGAAUUUAUCAACCAAAAUGGAACUGAUCUCUUUGCCAAGGCCAUGCAGUCAUGUCCAAACCUUGAGAGCCUCACUUUGGUACCAUUCCAGGCAAAUUUGAGUUCAACUACUGCCACUGAUGCCCAAGCACUUUGCUCACUCUGCGGCGACAUCCUUCUCUGCAUGACAAUGGACCUUGCAUUCUUUCAGGUGCCAUUGCUCCCACUCACUGAUGGCCCGUCACUGAGCAAGCUGCUUCAUGACAUUUCUAUGAAUGUAAAAUCUUGUCGUCUAUUCGAGUAUCCCAAAUACCCGCGGCGGGAUGAUUCUUGGGUUCCUUUUGAUAUUCCACCAGACAGCAGGCUGCAACACUUGAACAUUCAGUCGACCUUGGGUGUGCAGACCACAAGAGGUAUUCUUCGCAACCUUUGUGGAUUGACAUCCUUGGCCAAAUUGGAGCUGUAUGAAGGUCAGCAUGCAGUUGAUGCCAACAACGAAAUUGUGGCACUCUUGACUCGAAACCAGCUUGAAUCUCUGUCGAUGUCGAGCUGUGCUCAAGUCAGUCUCCGGGUUCUUGUGGAUGCUUUGAAAGAGACUUCUUCAUUGAAAAACCUAAGCCUCGGCACUACACAGUGUGGUGAGAGCAUGAAGAGUCUUGCUGAAAUGAUGGAACAAAACAACAUGUCUCUUGAACGCGUGUACUUGGGAAAGUGGUGCAUUUUCGAUCCUUCCUAUUAUCAAAUCAAGUACUGGACAAAACUCAACCACUAUGGAAGGGGAAAGCUGAGCAAUCCAAAAGCACCAUUGGAUGAGUUGAUCGUGGCUUUGGAAACUGCCCAAGAAAAGCAUUUUCGGGACCCUGACAAUCUUUGGUAUGGGCUCCUUCGAGUCAACCCAGGGGCUUGGGCUGAAGCGGGAGUGUUUGGAAUGUGAAUUGGAGGGCAGGCGGUAACAUGCAGGCAAGAUGUAUAACGUACAGUGUAUCUUCACUAAGAAGUGAUAUUUUUGUUGACCUUCCGAUUCAUCUCUUAGCUUCAUCAUCACUGCCCGUACCCACCUGACGUACCAUAUUGACAUCAGGAUGGAACCACGCUGCUCUGGUGGAGGCUUCGAGAAGUCCUGGAAGGCACGUACGGUAUAUCGAAGGCAACCGAAAUCAACAAACAGCCGCUUGCAAGCGUUUCAAGUCUCGGUAUCGGCAAGUCAGUCAAGAAGCACUACUUUGAAGCCAACAUUCGAAUCAUCCAAUUGAUGGGCACGAAAAUCGUGGUCAACAGAGAAGCAAUUUGUUGCUUGGACGAUACCGGUCUCAAGACCGAAGGUCGAGAUCAUUUUGCAAGGACCCGAGGUAGCGUAUCCAUAUUCUAGCUAGACACCACGAAACCGAUCGGUUGCAGACCUCCUCUUCCCAAAUAUUCGCUCUACCGGUAGAUACCUAUCUAGCCACGAGUAGCGCUAAUAACAAUUCAAAGCAAUGACGAACGCAUUGUUCAGACUGGCACAUUAGCUCCCUUGGAAAACUCGUCACUUACAUUAUUUAGUCAAGCUACAAAAAGAAAGCUCCACACACCUACACUUACUCUUGCCUUCCCCGCUUAUUAUCGUUUCCCUGCAUGUCGUCUUCGGCCGCUCGUUUUCGAUCCAGCAAAUGCUGGGGAAAGACACCUCGUUGCACGGAUCGUUCAAUUUCAUCAAUCUCGGCGGGAGACUUGGCAUUGGCCACGAGCUGACGGAUCUGUUCCUUUUGUUCGGGUGUAAAGUUUGUGACAAAGGUUUCUUGCGCCGACUCUCCUUCGCCCGGAACAAAGGUUUUGGUGCUGAGGGCUUCCUUUUGGACAUCACUCUCUAGCGCAGCUCCAGCCGCACUGUUUGCCAAUCGCUUGGCCCGAUCUCGCUCCGAGGUGGUGAUUUUGACAUAAUCCAGUGUCUUGAGAGACGGUAUCCGAUGGAUAAUGUAGAGUCGAUAAUGCUGUCGCUCUGUUUCCCAAAAGAAAAGAAAAGCAAGGGAAAGGAAAGUUACGUGGAUUUGUUAGUAACACCAUGAACAGCAAAUCAGCAUCAGAACAACGUAGCUAGCAAGGCAAUGUAUGACCCAUCAAACAAGUAGGCAAAUAAAUGAAGAGGAUCCCCACAGGAAUUGCCAUAAUUUACUUAUCCCCAUGGUCAUCAGGAGAAAAAGAUUUCACUGGGGAAAGUAAAACCAUGGGCAUCAGAUCCUAACUUUGGAAAAUACAACACAACAAAUAGAUCUUUGUUUGACUUUUGGGUUUACUUACUUGUGACAGGAUUUCCCACCAGAGACAAAAACUGGAGCUUAGGACAUGCUUCUCCCAAUUUGGCCACCUCAUGGAGGGAGGAUAUUCGAUUUUCGGAGAGGACCAGAUUGGUCCAAUUGGGUGUGUUGGUUUGAAUAUUCUUGUGAUCGAAACUCUCAAUUAAAUUUCCCGAGCAAAUGAGAGAUGACAACCGGGAGAGUCGAGGAAAGUUUUCUAAACGUAGCAAUCGGUUGUCGCAAAAGUCAAUGGUAUCAAAGGCAUCACGUGUCACUGCCAAGUGUUCAAUGGCGGGAAUUGCCAAACCUCGCAGUACCAAUUCGCGCUCGUCCAGGACGUUGGUCCGUUGCUCUGCCUGACUCAGUAUUUCCGACGAUAAUCUCAUUAUUCUUUAUCUACCUGUGUGGAUAGAUGGAGCGGUCGAUUGUUCCUUUGGUCUUCUAUUGUUGUUGUUGGUUUGGCAUGGUCACCAUGGUCGUUGUUUGGAACAGAUCGAUGGCUGGCAGCUGCCGCCGACGUGGUCCAUGAAGGUUCGAGUUAGUGACUUACGGCAC